AUGAAAUCUCUUUUAUUUCUUUUAAGUGCUGUUUUAGUGUUAUGCGCCGUGGUACAAGCCGCUGAAAAAUCAGACUGCUCGUUACCAAAGGAAAUCGGACCUUGUCGCGCUUCGUAUUUAAAAUUCUAUUAUAACAGUGGGACAAAAGCCUGCAACGAAUUCUUCUAUGGAGGCUGUCAAGGCAACGCAAAUCGUUUCGAUACUAAAGAAGAAUGUGAAAACUUAUGUUUUUAA